CGCCAUGGCCUCCGCCUCCAAGAAGGAGGACAAGGGGAAGAACAUCCAGGUGGUGGUGCGCUGCAGGCCCUUUAACCUGUCAGAGCGCAAAGCAGGCCCCCAUGCCAUGGUAGAUUGUGACCAGGCCAAAAAAGAAGUCAACAUUCGCACCGGAGGAGUGAAUGACAAAUCUGCAAGGAAGACGUAUACUUUUGAUAUGGUUUUUGGGCCCUCCACAAAACAAAUUGAUGUCUACAGGAGUGUGGUGUGCCCUAUCUUGGAUGAAGUCAUCAUGGGAUACAAUUGCACCAUCUUUGCAUAUGGCCAAACCGGUACGGGAAAGACAUUUACCAUGGAAGGAGAGCGGUCACCUAAUGAAGAGUACACUUGGGAAGAAGAUCCAUUGGCUGGAAUCAUACCCCGCACGCUGCAUCAGAUCUUUGAGAAACUUAGUGAGAACGGGACGGAAUUCUCGAUCAAAGUAUCCCUGUUGGAAAUCUAUAACGAGGAGCUCUUUGAUCUACUGAAUCCAUCGGCUGACGUUUCCGAGAAACUGCAAAUGUUUGACGAUCCCCGGAACAAGAGGGGAGUCAUCAUCAAAGGUUUGGAAGAAAUCACCGUGCACAACAAAGAUGAAGUCUACCAAAUCUUGGAGAGGGGAGCAGCCAAACGAACGACAGCGGCAACUUUCUUGAAUGCUUACUCCAGUCGUUCCCACUCUGUGUUUUCCGUGACAAUACACAUGAAAGAAACCACUGUCGAUGGAGAAGAGCUUGUUAAAAUUGGGAAACUGAACUUGGUUGAUCUUGCAGGAAGCGAAAACAUCGGACGUUCCGGAGCAGUUGACAAAAGAGCUCGUGAAGCUGGAAACAUCAAUCAGUCCCUGUUAACUUUGGGAAGGGUUAUUACUGCCCUUGUAGAGAGAACGCCGCAUAUUCCAUACAGGGAAUCCAAACUAACGAGGAUCCUCCAAGAUUCUCUCGGAGGCCGUACCAAGACAUCCAUAAUUGCUACAAUUUCUCCUGCAUCCCUCAAUCUUGAGGAAACUUUGAGUACUUUGGAAUAUGCUCAUAGAGCCAAGAAUAUCAUGAAUAAACCGGAAAUUAAUCAGAAGUUGACCAAAAAAGCUCUUAUUAAGGAGUAUACAGAAGAAAUAGAGCGGUUGAAACGGGAUCUCGCUGCUGCCAGAGAGAAAAAUGGAAUGUACAUUUCGGUUGAAAGCUAUGAGGCUAUGAAUGGAAAACUGACUGUCCAGGAAGAGCAAAUUACCGAGUAUGUGGAGAAAAUUGGUGUUAUGGAAGAAGAGCUAAAGAGGGUCACAGAACUGUUUCUAGAUAACAAAAAUGAACUGGAACAGUAUAAAGCUGACUUGCAAAGCAAGGAGAAGGAACUUAAAUGCACUCAGAAAACUUUGCAAGAAACCAAAAUACAGCUUGUUGAAGAGGAGUAUGUGACAACAGUUUUGGAAAACACAGAGGAGCAGCUUCACGAAACUGCCAGCCAGUUGCUUAAUACAGUUGAAGAAACUACAAAAGAUGUGUCAGGACUCCACUUAAAACUGGAUCGUAAAAAGGCGAUUGAUCAACAUAACACAAGAGCACAAGAAGUGUUUGGAAGUCAGAUGAAUAGCAUCUUUAAUGACCUGCACACAUUGGUAAAUGAUGGCAGUACCAAGCAGGAAAGAAUGUUCGACCUGUACUCCACACUGAUCGGCAACCAGAUGACUGCCCAUCUAUCUUCACUGAAAGAUAUUACAAAAAUAGCACUGGGAUCUUUUACAUCAAUUACAGAAAUGGUUUCUACAGGUGUUUCUCAGUUUUCUGAUGCAGUAUCAAAGGAGGCAUUCUUGGAGGCUGAGAAUCGAGAUAUUCUUCAGAAACGAAUUGAAGAGCAUAAAACUGGAAUGCAAAAAUCACUGGAAAUGAUUAUUUCACCUAUAGUGACAUCUAUAUUGGAACUCAACUGUCGCUUAAAGGAUUCUUUUAAGAUGAUAGGGCAGGUCCAAGAGAAGAUUGAAGAGCAAAAAAAGGAAGCGAGCGUCUUUCAUGACACUCUGUGUGAGCGUCUCCUUGAACUAGAGGAAACUACUGUCUGUUCUCUGGCUGAAGCCCAGCGACAUUGCGAGACUUUAUCCAAGGACCUGAGGCCCAUCAAGAAAUUUCACCAAUUCAUGGCUUCCGUGCAAAGCCAAAUGAAAAGCUUUCUUCAGGAAUCUGAAGAGAAAUUGAAUAGUUGUGAAGAAACCUGUGGAAACAUUCAGAAACCAAUUUGCUCCGGCCAAGAGAGCGUGCCACAGCGUACGAAGGAUAUAAUCAGGAGCGCAACAUCUCACCACCUAAAUUUCCUUGCUGUUUCUAAUGACUUCUCACAAGAACUCCUACAGGCGAACAGUGAAAACAUCAAGCUUGUGGAUGAGUCUAUCCAAUACUGUGAACAAGUUAGCAGCAAGCUUAAAGAGGUGUCUCAAGAGAGCCAACAAUGGUGUGGAGUUACAACUACAAUCAUUGCUGACAAUUCCGAUGAAAGGGCCUCCUGCUUAAAGGAUAAGAAGGAAAAGCUUCGGAGUUUACAAAUGGUUGUGAGCGACGGUUGCAGCACCUCCGUUUCCAAAAUCACAGAGAAAGAAGAUAGCCGGAAAGUGGUUGAAGAGGGCCAGCUGAACUCCUUUCUCAAUCAGAUAUCAAAAGACAAGGAAAAGCAAGUGGACCAGAGUCUGGAACUUAAUGAGAUCAUUCAGACCGGACUGAAUAAGCUUGAUUGCUUCCUGCAAGAGGACCUGAGGCAGGACGUCCCAACAGGUACAACUCCUCAGAGAAAGGACUAUCUGUACCCAGCCAAACUGCAGAGGACUGAGCCUCGGGAUGUUCUUCUGAGCCAGCUGAGGGAAAAACAGCCAGAGCUGUUGAGCUCACUGAACAAUGCAGCAAGAACCAAUGGUGAUGCCAGUGAGGAUCCAGAGGUUGGGAAGCUACUGCUGGAACCUGCUGCAGGAAAACCCGCUCCGGACUCCGUUCACGAAAAUCCCAGUGACACGUCUUCUGUAGACGUGAGCAUCUGUUAUCAAGCCAAAGCAGGAGUUCCAUUUUUCCAGCAUAAAAAGUCGCACAAAAAGGAUAAAGAAAACAAAGCUAUAGCCGUCUUGGAAAUGGCAAAAGGAGAAGAGACGUUGGAGCAGUACGUGCCCAAAUCCAAACUUCCACUGCGAACCCAGCUAAAUAAUAAUUAACUUGGACUCUUGCAAACUAUCUUUUUUUGUCACUCCUGGUCUUCCUUACCUGUGUCUGUGAUCUUGUAAUUCCAAACUUGAACAUAAAGCUGAACUUCAAACUUGAUUUCCUCUUGUCACGAUAAAUGUAUAAAAUAUCAUUUGGAAUUUUUAUAAUGAAUGUACAUGUA